UCCCCGGCGGCUCCUGCGGGCUCUGCUCUGGUGGCUGGAACCAUGGCGUUCGCCGAGACCAAGCCGGCGGCAUCCUCCCUGCCCAACGGCGACUGCGGCGGCCCCAGGGCGCGGCCCGGGGGGAACCGGGUGACGGUGGUGCUCGGCGCGCAGUGGGGCGACGAAGGCAAAGGGAAGGUGGUGGAUCUACUAUCGCAGGACGCCGACAUCGUUUGCCGCUGCCAGGGAGGAAAUAAUGCUGGCCAUACAGUUGUCGUAGAUUCUGUGGAAUAUGAUUUUCAUCUUUUACCAAGUGGAAUAAUUAACCCCAAUGUUACUGCGUUCAUUGGAAAUGGUGUGGUAAUUCAUUUGCCUGGAUUGUUUGAGGAGGCAGAAAAAAACGUUCAAAAAGGAAAAGGUCUAGAAGGCUGGGAAAAAAGGCUUAUCAUAUCCGACAGAGCUCAUAUUGUAUUUGAUUUUCAUCAAGCAGCUGAUGGUAUCCAGGAACAACAAAGACAAGAACAAGCAGGAAAAAAUUUGGGUACCACAAAAAAGGGCAUUGGCCCAGUGUAUUCUUCCAAAGCUGCUCGGAGUGGACUUAGGAUGUGUGAUCUUGUCUCUGACUUCGAUGGCUUCUCUGAGAGGUUUAAAGUUCUGGCUAAUCAGUACAAAUCUAUAUACCCAACUUUAGAAAUAGACAUUGAAGGUGAAUUACAAAAACUCAAGGGUUAUAUGGAAAGAAUUAGACCAAUGGUGAGAGAUGGCGUUUAUUUCCUAUAUGAGGCCCUACAUGGACCACCAAAGAAAAUCUUGGUAGAAGGCGCAAAUGCAGCACUGCUUGAUAUUGAUUUUGGGACUUAUCCUUUUGUAACCUCUUCAAAUUGUACCGUUGGAGGUGUUUGUACUGGUUUGGGUAUGCCCCCUCAGAAUGUGGGAGAAGUAUAUGGAGUUGUGAAAGCUUAUACAACUAGAGUUGGUAUUGGUGCCUUUCCUACAGAGCAAAAGAAUGAAACUGGAGAACUAUUACAAACAAGGGGUAGAGAGUUUGGUGUGACAACUGGAAGGAAGAGACGAUGUGGCUGGUUGGACCUUGUUUCACUCAAAUAUGUUCACAUGAUUAAUGGAUUUACUGCGUUGGCACUUACCAAAUUGGAUAUUUUGGAUGUGUUUACAGAAAUCAAAGUUGGAGUUGCUUACAAGUUAGAUGGUGAAAUCAUACCUCAUUUCCCAGCAAACCAUGAAGUCUUAAAUAAAGUCGAAGUUCAAUAUAAGACUCUCCCAGGAUGGAACACCGACAUAUCAAAUGCAAGGGCAUUUAAAGAACUACCUGUUAAUGCACAAAAUUAUGUUCGAUUUGUUGAAGAUGAACUUCAAGUUCCAGUUAAAUGGAUUGGCGUAGGUAAAUCCAGAGAGUCUAUGAUUCAACUCUUUUAAGGAUUUCCAGUGACACAAGAAACACUCCUCGAGAGGGGGAAAAAAGACUUCCGUAAACAUUUCAUUUAUGAUCUGCAAAUUCAAGAAUAAAGACAUUGAAGUGAGUUGUAAGCCCUACAGUUGUUUCCAGUCUUUUAAGAUGGAUGGCUGCCGUGGAAAUAAACUUUGGCGUAUUGUGGUGUCAGCUUCCCUUAGCUGGCAUAUUGCCAAAUCAUCUGUUGCUCCUGCUGCUCAUGGUGCCACAUUUUCUUUUAAUGUUUAGUAAUGGUAUAUCCGUGUUGUUUGAAAUCUAAAGUAGAAUUACCUUCAGUGUAGUUUUUCAUUACUGGCAUUGUGUGUUCUUAGGUUUUACCCCUAUUAGAUAGAUGGUAAGAGCAAUUAAUGCAGUUUUGCACAAGUAUUUUUACAUUCUGAUCAUUCGAUUUUGUCAGUAUAAUCUUUGCUGUUAGAAAAAAUGAUUAAAGGACAGGGGUUCUGUAAACUUUUGUAAUGCUAUAAAUUCUCUUCCAAUUGUGAACUGUUUAUUUUCUGCUGAGACCAUUGCAAAAUUGAGUUUUGAGGGGGAGGGGUAACUACAAGUCCUUUAAUUUGUACAGAAUACAGAACUUAUUUCUCUCUGUAAAUUAUUUAAUACAUUGAACAUUGAAUUAAAUGUUCAAAGAGAAAGAUGUUCCCCAAAACAAGAAUCUUAAUGUUAAGAAGUCAUUAAAAGAUCUGUUGUGGUAUUUGGUGGAUAUUUUUCUUUAAUGUCAGACCUUAACUCUGAUGAAAUGUGUAUCUUUCCCUUUUUUUUUUUACCAUUAUUCCUAAAUCUAGUGGAUUGAUUUUUCAACAUUGUGCCUGCCAGUAUGCCUACAAUAUUAUCUGUAAGUGUCCAAAUGAACCCAAAUUGUUGGUCAUCAUUUUGAUCAUGCCUUUAUUUCUCCUUUCUUGGAAAAAAAAAAAAAAAAGGCAUUAUUUUGACAGUUAGACUUAACAUAUUAUGUUGUAGAUUAUCCUUCAAUGAACUAUUUUAAAUGUUUAAAUUAGGUGCCACUUAAAUUUAUUUUAUUAUACCAUCAAUAGCUGAUUAAAAAGAACCAAAUAUUUCUAGUACACUUUGUGUAUUGUGUUUUUGUUUUGGUAAGAGAAGUAAUAUUCCCAUGUAGGAAGGAGCUUUAUCCUUGCAGUAUUGGGGAAUAAGAUGGAGAGAGAUCAAAAACAGAAUCUUUGCAAGAGUCUAGUCUAAAUGUCUUUUACUUUUCAUUGAAUAUAGCUUUAUUAAUACUUGGUUCAAGAAAAUUCUAAAUUAGCAGCAGUGUUGUUGAACUCAGUAAGUAAAAAAUACAGCUCAGAUGAUCCUACAAACCAACUACUGAUCAGUAGUGACGUAUAAGCCAAAAAAAAAAAAACAAACCCGCUGCCAUUUAGUCGAUUUCGACUCAUAGUGACCCUACAGGACAGAGUGGAACUGCCCCAUAGAGUUUCCAAGGAGCACCUGGGGGAUUCGAACUGCCAACCUCUUGGUUAGCAGCCAUAGCACUUAACCGUUACACUACCCGGGUUUCCGUGAUGACUUACAGGUAAAAAUUAAAUUUAUUCUGGUAGAAAUUAAAUGGGCUCUUAUUUUUACUUACUCUUUCUUCUCCCUACUUGAACUUCAAGUUAGGUUAGCUACCCAAAGAUAAAAGCUGUACUAGAAGUAAACAUUUUUUAAAGUUCACAUCAUUCUUAUUUUGGCUAUAAGCAUUGAAUUAUUGAUGCAUGUUUUUUAGUAAUGGCCAUAAAAAAUCCAUUCUCCAAGUCAGGAAGUUUUGUUUUGUUUUUAACUAAAAAAGCCUGACUGUCCUAUUGAAUUAAUAGACAUUUACUCAUUUUAAAUCAGUUUGAGUGAUUCUGUCCUGAUUUUUAAAAGAGCUUUUUGCUAAUUAGAUUGGUUAAGAGGGUCAGUUCUUCAGAUACAGCUCAAUUUUUCAGCUCCCUUUAAAUAAUAAAUCUUUAUUGAACAAGUACAUAUGCCAGAUUCUGCUAGGCACUGGGUACAAAACAAGCUGGCAGUCUUCCUGAAACAUAUUGUAGUAGGGACAGCAUUUUAAAGAGACAUAUUUAUAAAUGAUGCUGUGUAUACAAUGGAAAAGUACAAGGUGCUAUGAAAGAGAACCUAAUAGAAGUUCGAAGAGGAUCAGAGAAAGCCUUUAGAAUAACAUUUAAACUGAGACCAAACAGAUGAGUAGCCAGACAGAGGGACAUAAUGUACAAAGGCCCAGACGCUGGAAGGAAGGUUGGAAUUUGGACAGUUAGAGCAACUUAACAAAAUCAACAAGGGGCCUGUGAGGCUGAUGAAGUUGGCAGUAACUUGGAGAAAUACUAGCUAAACAACCAAAAUGUUUUAUAAGAAGGAAGAGGAUUCUAAGUAAAAAUAUGUUUAUAUAUACAUAUGUUGAUUUAUACAUAGAAGACAAAAUUUGCUGAAAUUAAAUAAUGCGUACUCUACACUUUGAAAUUCACUUGGAGGAAACCAGAUGACAGAACAAAAUAUUUUAACGGGGAGGGGGCCUACUCAGUAUUUAUUUUUUAAUAUAGGCCAAAUGGGAAUGGAAUGCCAGGCCUACACAAAUUAGUAUAUGAAUUUAAUGCUGUUCCAAUCAGAAUCACCACAGGGUUCUUUGUUACUGGACAGAAUUAUAUUGAAAUGUAUGUAGAAAAACUAAUAUGACUGAGUGUAGCAGACGCCUCUGAUCUCCUCUAACUUCGCAAGGGGAAAGGAGAGCCAAGAUCAACAGACCAAGGCUGAUUUCCAUGAGCCGGAGGUCAGGUAUACCUCCUCUCUCCAGGCCUUUUUACCAAUUCUGACUUCAUUUGUACCUCCCAGGGCACACUCUACUUGUCUGCUGAGUUUGAUAAUUUGUUGCGAUGACCACGCAGAACUAACAGACAAUACUCACAAAUAAGGGGUCUAUUAGGGAAGUAACAGGUUACAAUUCUGGCUCAGGAAUGCUCAGGAUACAGUUCUUCCAUCAGGACAGCUUCUUCUCAGCCAUGCUUGCAGGCAGGUCUCUCUCUCACCCUUGUCCCCUGCUCAGGUUAAGUGUUACAAAGCUCUUUUAGUUCUGCGGACAAGUGCCCAGUGGCACCUUACUCCACCAGUAAGCCUCAGCUUGAAGGUGCUUAGCUCUAGCUCCCUGGGUCAACAAAUCUGGCUCCACCAAGUGCCUGGAGGCACUCUGCUCGCCAGCAAGCCUUCGAAUGGAAGGUGCUCAGCUUUCUCGCUCUGUGGGUUGGGAAGCUCACCACACUGACCCCUGCUAGUCUCCUGGUUCUCCUGCCACCGUUUCGCUGCCCCCGCUUCUCACCAUCUUUGGUGUUACAGCUCUCCCUCCCUGUCUUCUGUGUUACAGCUCCUACUCUUUCUCAGGAUCUCCCUUUAAGCCUAGCAGGAUGGCAGAACUGACCAAUCCCCUCUUUAGGACUCCAUACACCUUGUUUACAUAGUCCCAUUCAAACAUUGUGUGAGUCACAAAGACUGUGGUAAAACAGCCAUAUUAAGUAACUCAUUGCACUGCAGACAUUUUUGAAAGAGUGUUGAGAGGUUUUUUUCCCACCUGAUACUAAAAUGAUAAUCAAAGUAUGUGGUUUUGGCACGUGAAAAAACAAGUACAUAAAGGAAUGGAAUAGACGUUCCAGAAAUAGGUGUUAGCAUAUAUGGAAACUUAAUAUAUGCUAAAAAUUGCAUUUCAUUUCAGUGGGAAAAGGAUGCCUUAAAAAUAUAAACAAACAAAUGAUGGCACAACUAAUUAUUAUGGGAGAAAACAAUCAUAACAAAAUAUGAAUUUCAGAUAGAAUAAAAAUCUAAAUUAUAAAAAUUUUAACUAAUGAAAUGUGAGAAAAUGUUAGGGAAAGCAUUUUUGAAAACAACAAAAACAGGAAACUCAAGAAAAAUGUACAAAUUUGACCAGAUUAAAAAAUUUUUAAUAUCACAAAAGUUAAAAAAAAAAAACUGAGAAAACAAAAAACUUGAGGAAAAAUGUUUUUAAUACAUAUCCGUAAUACACAAAGAGCUGCCACAAAUAAGAUAACAACCAGUAGAAAAAAAUGGGUAAAAAAUCAAUAUAUGUUAUAGGCAAUUCACAGAAAAACUAAGUGACCAAAAAUAUGAAAAGAUGUCCAACUUAUAGAUUGGAAAAUUGAAAUUUAACAGUGAGAUAUUGCUUUUCAUCCAAUUUGUAAAUAAAGAUCAGUGUUACCAAGGAUGUGAAGAAGUAGUCACCUCUGUUGGGAGUGUGAAUUACUACAAUUUCGGGGGAAGUUAUCUGGCAAGACUGUUUACAAUUUAUAUUUGCAAAUCAUUUUACUUACCAGCAAUCCCACUAAAAAAAAAAAAAAAAAGCCCUAUUUUG